AUGUACAAAGUAUUCUCCGUCUGUUUGCUUUUGGCAGUUGUUAGCGCAGCCCCAGCUGACCAUCAAGCCACUUCCUACGCUUCAUUCAACGACAACCACAACUCAGUUCAUCACAUCGAAUCAGCUGUAGCUCCUAUCAAAUACGCUGCUCCAGCUCACUACUCUCAAGCUCCAGCUCAUUACUCCCAAGCUCCAGUAGCUCACUACUCCCCAGCCCCUGUCCACUAUUCUCAAGCUCCGGCUCACUAUUCCCAUGCUGCUCCAGCUCACUACUCCCAAGCCCCUGCUCACUACUCAGUCCAUGCCGCUCCAGUUGUUGCCAAAGUAGCUGUCCCAGUUGCCAAAGUAGCUGCUCCAGUCUACCACAGUUCUCCAGUUGUCCACCAAUACUCUGCUCCAACUUACUCUGCUGUAGCUAAACAAGUUUAUGCUGCCCCUGUAGCUAAAUACGUAGCUGCACCAGCUUACGCUCACAAAGAAGAAGAAUACGCUCCAGCCCAUUACGAAUACUCUUACAGUAUCCAAGACGCUCACACUGGCGAUUUCCACUCUCAAGAAGAAAAACGUGAUGGUGACCACGUUGUAGGACAAUACUCUCUUCACGAAGCCGAUGGUACCGUCAGGAUUGUGAAAUACUUCGAUGAAGGACACGGUUUCAAUGCCGUAGUUGAGAGACAAGGAAAGCCCACUGAAGCCCCAGUUUACAAGAAAGUUGUAGCUGUAGCUGCUCCCGAAUACAGUCAACACUACUAA